GCUGAAGCAAAAAAAAAACGAAUGAGAAAUUAAAAUACAAAUCGAAUUUAAAAAAAAAAAGGACAACGCUCCAAAAUCAAAACGUAGACGUCGUAUACGCCUCGGUGUGUUUUUCUAGUGUAUAACGCAACGCAAACGUCAAGUUACAGUAUUACAACACUGCAUCGAUAUAAACGAGUGCCGCGCGUUUUGAACGUGUCCAUUCGAAUUGUGACUUUCGUGCCGAAAGGAAUUUCAUGAGUUUAUUUUUCACCGCUGCCAUUUUUCUCUGUUCUCUCCACCCGCUUGUCGCGUCUUAUUCUUUUAUAAUUUUAAAAUAAAUUGAAAAAAAAAAUGCGCGUUGCUAUCAUCGGAGCCGGUGCGGCGGGAUUGGCCUCCGCCAGACAUAUUUCCAACACUUCGGAUUUUUCUCUGGAUGUGUUCGAAAUGGGUGCCAGACCGGGUGGUACCUGGGUUUAUACGGACGACGUGGGCCAAGACAGAUACGGAUAUCCGGUCUACUCUGCGAUGUACAAGGGACUAAAGACGAAUUUACCGAAGGAGGUUAUGGGCUUUCCAGAUUUCCCGAUUCCCGAGCAGUCCAGAUCUUACCUAACUCAAGCCGAAAUAUUGAAUUUCCUGGAACUCUACGCCGCAAAGUUCGAUUUGAUGAGAUAUAUCAAGUUGAACACCAUGGUCACCGAGGUACGCCCGGAAGGGAACCUGUGGAAAAUAACGUCCGUUCACAAACCCACCAGAAAGGAAUCCACCGAAUUAUAUGACGCUGUCAUGAUCUGCAACGGUCACUACAACGAUCCAAUUUUUCCCAACAUCCCGGGACAGGAAUUGUUCUCUGGCAGCAUCGACCACAGCCACAAUUUCCGUGAUGCAGAAAGGUUCAAGGGCAAGAGGGUAUUGGUGGUAGGAGCCGGACCUUCUGGAUUGGAUCUGACUCUUCAAGCUUCAACAGUUGCCGAAUAUGUAGUUCUAAGUCACCACUCUUCGGAACCGAUCAAUACGCAAUACCCACCCAACGUCGAACUAAGGCCCGACGUAAAACGCGUCAUUGAAUUCAACAAGGUGGAAUUCGUUGAUGGUACUUGUUGUUGUUUCGACGAGAUACUACAUUGUACCGGCUAUAGAUAUAGUUUCCCGUUCCUGCACGAAUCAUGCGGCAUCAGCGUCGACGAGAACCACAUCGAACCCCUCUACAAACACAUGAUCCAUAUCGACAGACCCAACAUGUGUUUCAUCGGAAUACCAUUCAAUGUAUGCGCCUUCCAAAUGUUCGACUUGCAGGCAAGAUACUUCUGCAAAGUUCUAGAUGGGUCUUUGAGUUUACCAUCGACCACAGAUAUGAGACUGCAUACCGAGAAGGACAUGCGGAACAGGUGGGCAAAGGGGUAUACCAAAAGGCAGGCACACAUGAUGGGGCCAGAUCAGCAGUCGUAUUACGACGAUUUGGCUGCUGCAGCUAGCACCACCCCCAUAGCUCCCGUAAUGGUGAAACUCAGAGACUUGAGUGUGAAGAAACUCUACAAUGACUUCCUCAACUUUAGGCAAGACAGAUACAAGAUUCUAGACGAACACAACUUUGUUAAGGUGUAGAAUUAAGUAUACUUAACUGGUGUAUAGACAUUUUAAUAAAUUAUUGUUAAUUAUAAGGACGCUCAUUCAGUUUGUAAAGUCAUUGCUUACAUCGACAGAACUACGUUUCCAUAAAAUGUAACCACUAUUCAUUAGGAAUUCCGAAUUAUUUAUAAAAUUGUAAUAACUAUUUGAUAAUAUACUUGAGUAGCUUGUAGUUCUGGUACUAAUUUGGUUUAUUUUCCCUGGCCUAUACCUACAGUUAAAUAUAGGUAUAAACUAAACAAAAGU